GGGUUUUCUGUGACAGCCGGAAAAAGAACUGUGUGACUGACAGCUAGGUUAAACCUUCAGUAGCCGGCUGACUUUACCUGGUACUACCAGUGACACUGGGAUUUAAACAUAUGGCAACCAAAGGGAUGAAUGUGUGCAGUAUUUGCUGCCUUCUUCUCUAUUUGAUCGCCGCGGUGUUUGCUGGGCGAGAUUUUUAUCAAAUCUUGGGCGUAAGUAAGACCGCGUCAGUCCGGGACAUAAAGAAGGCCUAUAGAAAACUGGCUCUUCAAUUACACCCGGACCGGAACCAGGACGACCCGAAAGCCCAAGAUAAGUUUGCGGAUCUGGGAGCUGCGUACGAGGUUCUUUCAGAUGAAGAGAAAAGAAAACAGUACGACACGUAUGGAGAGGACGGACUUAAAGAAGGACACCACAGCUCACACAAUGACAUCUUUUCUAGUUUUUUUGGAGAUUUUGGUUUUAUGUUUGGAGGAAACCGCCAGCAGCAGGACAGAAACAUUCCCAGAGGAAAUGACAUCAUACUAGACCUGGAGGUCACACUGGAAGAGGUGUAUUCUGGGAACUUUGUAGAGGUUGUUCGUAACAAACCUGUAGCUAAAGAAGCCCCUGGAAAGAGGAAAUGUAACUGCAGACAGGAAAUGAGGACGACGCAGCUUGGACCGGGACGUUUCCAAAUGACCCAAGAGACGGUGUGCGACGAGUGUCCUAAUGUGAAGCUAGUGAAUGAAGAAAGAACCCUAGAGGUCGAGAUUGAACAGGGAGUCAGAGAUGAAAUGGAAUAUCCUUUCAUCGGAGAAGGAGAACCUCACAUCGAUGGAGAACCUGGAGAUCUUCGCUUCCGCAUCAAAGUCUUAAAGCACCCAAUGUUUGAACGAAGAGGAGACGACCUCUACACCAAUGUCACCAUUUCCCUGGUGGAGGCGCUGGUCGGCUUCGAUAUGGACAUUGUACAUUUGGAUGGACACAAGGUCCAUAUAGGGAGAGACAAAAUCACCAAACCUGGUGCCCGCAUGUGGAAAAAGGGUGAAGGACUGCCAAACUUUGAUAACGUCAACAUCCGAGGUUCCCUUAUCAUCACCUUUGAUGUAGAAUUUCCUCAGACGCAGCUUGAUGAGCAACAGAAAACUGGACUUCGAAGUCUACUGAAGCAGGGAUCUGUACAGAAGGUCUACAACGGACUACAAGGAUAUUGAUGAUAAACUGAGCACACAGCCUGGACUGACACACACACACAGAAUCAGACACACUCAGACAAACACCAUCAGAAACCAGGAGCUAGCUCCAUCCUCCUGGUCGGGGUGUAUUUAUUCUUCUCGAUGUUGUUGUUAUUAUUUACGGAUUGUUCUCAGGACAAACAGGAUCCACUUUUAUUAAUGUAUAAAAACCCAGCAUGGGUUUAACUGAUGGACAAGCUGCCACAACGUGUUUUUUUUUCUUUUGUUUUUUUUAACUAUACUAAGGCCUGCACCCCUCGUUUUUUUUAAAAAAACAAACAAACUUCAUUAAUUUCUUCAUGUCUACACAAUCUCUCAAUGAUUUUUUUUUCUCUUGUCAAAAAAUCUCUGUAAAUAGGGAAAAAAUUCAGUUCUUAUGUCUUUUUUUUCUCUCCUCCACACUCCUUAAUUUAUGUAAUUAAAUUCAACGCAUCCCAACAGGAGAACAGUCUGGGUUCGUCAGCGUGUCGCCCUCCAGUGUCACCUUUGAUAAAGAGUUGAUCUCUUGACCUUACACUGAAGUGAAAUAAACAAUUCAGGAACGUUUACAGUUUCUUACUAACGGUUCUGCACGCCGUCUACUGGUGCACCUCUGGUUUGAGUCUCGUUAUUGUUUUUGGUUGUGUUGUUUUUGAACAAUGACUGCCUUCGGAUUUUUACUGAGACUGUUACGGUUUGAAUGUAAAUACUUUGGCAGUUUUUACUGAGUGCUGGAGGGGUGGUGAUGAUCUUUUGAGUGACAAAAUAAAAAUUUCUACAAA